CCGGGUGGUCCAAGUCCGUUGUAUGGAGGAUUAUGGAUGGGUUUAGCAGGAGCGAUGUCAUGCAAAAAGGCAAGGUUCACUAGUAACGGAGUUACCAUUCUUCCAAAAAUUAUCAUCCUUUCCGACUAUCGACCAACCGAGACAUUGCUGACCCAGGGACCCGAUGUGCCAGAUUGGGAAAAGACUGACGAGACGUUAGCCAACGUCAUGUCAGCAUUGGGGGACCUAGAUCGAAGGGGAAUGACAGUGUUUGUUGUGCCUGUGGGAGACUAUGAUCAGGAGUUUGUAAACGUUAUAAAGCCGGCUGGCAGGAGAUUGUACAAUCACACAGAAGGACGUCGACUUGCACGGCGGCAUUAUCUCUCUGUUAAAACAGAUUUACUUGUAUUAACACCAAUAUAUGACGGCAUGUUCUCGUCGGAAGAUCUGGAUGACAUGCUUGAGAUUCGUGUUGAAUCGUUAAACCUUAGACUUCGAACUCGGCAAGUAGACCCGGAGAAUAUGUACAAGGAAAGUGCCAGCAAAAUAUUUCCCCAGAUUGGUUCCCGCGUUCGGAGAGGCCCGGACUGGCACUCGAAAAAUCAAGAUCACGGUGAGCCUGGCACAGUUGUGGGACAUGACGAGGAAGAUUCCCUAAUAUGGGUGACAUGGGACGCAGAUGAUAACACCAACGUGUACCAUUACGGAGGUGGUGGUUAUGAAGUGUUGGUCUACGACGAACCUCGGACGUUGAAACCAGGAGAGAAAAUCGCCGUAGGUUGUUGGGUGAAACCAGGCAAAGAUGGCAAGUUUCAAAAGAUCCAUGAGUGGAACAAGGGUGUAGUUAUACGUGUACAACCACCAAAGGCUCAUGUCCGAUGGGACAGUGGCGCGCGAGGUGACUAUAGUUACGGGGAGGAUGGAAAAUGUGAAAUCGAACUAUGUGCAACACAUCCGCAAUUGGAAAGAACAGACCUAGUUUCAACCGUAAAUAAUGCAGCUUUGAAACUACGAAAAAAGAACAAAAACAUGUAGCUGACACCAAUCUAUUUGCUUAGAUGCACUUUGUGACAGUUUCAAGUUACUGUUAUGCGUUAAUUUAUAACAUGGUAUAUCAUAGUAAUUGGAGAAUGGCAUUCCACUAUUUUUUAUCCCUGGGUAGUGCAAUUCCGCAGUGAUCACAGUGCAGCGGCCUUUAUCAGCGCUGAUCAAUACACAGUGCAGCGACCUUUAUCAGCGUUGAUCAAUACACCGUGCAGCGACCUUUAUCAGCGCUGAUCAAUACACCGUGCACCGACCUUUAUCAGCGCUGAUCAAUACACAGUGCAUCUUUAUCAGCGCUGAUCAAUACACCGUGCAGCGACCUUUAUCAGCGCUGAUCAAUACACAGUGCAGCGACCUUUAUCACCGUUGGAUGUGAUGCACGUGAUGUAGGUGUGAGCGGUCGCAGGUUUUUAGCGGGA